UAUUAUUACAAGGAGCCUUGCGAAGCGGUGGAACGCUAUAUAGACUUCGCGAAGAGUGUCGACGACAAGAAAAAGGUUGCCAUGAAAGCAGGAACCGAGGAAUAUAUCGAACUUCCAAUAACCAAGAACACAGUUUAUGUGAUGCGUCCCACAAUCUAUCCAGUGCGGUACAAAGAACAAAGUUUCAGCAAUAUCGGCUACAACUCUAGUGGGCGAAAAAGCAGGAUUCCUGUGAAGUCAGCCGCAACCGUUCUGCAGUCCAAGGUGAAAAGUUCCGGCAAUAUCACCCACAACCCUAGUGAAGGAAAGAGCAGGAUUCCUGUGAAGUCAGCCGCAACCGUUCUGCAGUCCAAGGUGAAAAGUUCCGGCAAUAUCACCCACAACCCUAGUGAAGGAAAGAGCAGGAUUCCUGUGAAGUCAGCCGCAACCGUUCUGCAGUCCAAGGUGAAAAGUUCCGGCAAUAUCACCCACAACCCUAGUGAAGGAAAGAGCAGGAUUCCUGUGAAGUCAGCCGCAACCGUUCUGCAGUCCAAGGUGAAAAGUUCCGGCAAUAUCACCCACAACCCUAGUGAAGGAAAGAGAAGGACUCCUGUGAAGUCAGCCCCAACCGUUGUGCAGUCCAAGGUGAAGAGCUUCAGCAAUAUCAGCCACAAACCUAGUGGGGGAAAGGUUAAGAUAGUACACCGGAAGCUCGACUACAGUAAUGUGAAGGCCAAGGUCAACACAGGGAGCAUCACGAAAUAA